AACGGCAAGAAGCAGAGAAAUGGCGGCAAACCAGCUUGUUACUCUCGAGUGUCGAGUGGUGGUUAUGUUGAUUCUUAAACUCCUCGAUGGCAUCCAUAUUUGGUGAUGAUGGGGUUGACGACCUGUUCAAUGACAAUAUCGGCAACGACAAUGAUCAGCUACCCAGUGAUAACGACGGCGACACAGGUGAGAAGCUGUUCGGCGAUGACGCUGAUGCGGAUGAAGCUGCAACCGGUGAUCAGGAAGGUGUCAAGGUAGAGCCUAAAAAGCGAGCAGUACGUAAUCCUCGACCCCGCUUGACCGUGGACAAACUGCGUGGACCACGUGGCUUGCACACAAUCGAGAACUACUUCAAGGACAUCAAAUUCAAGGGCAGGGGUCAUGAAAAGGCCGAUUUGGACGAGAUCCUGAGACGCCUGCAGCACUGGGGACAUCGCAUGUACCCGAACUACACCUUCGAUGACGUGCUCAGCAAUAUCGAAAGACUGGGAAAGAAGAAACCACUGCAGGUGCACAUGACACGCUAUCGCCUUGGGCAACUAGAGGAGCUGAAUCUACAGGAUGAGGUGCCUGACAAUGCCAACGAUGAAGAUCCAAACGAUGUCGCCGAGCCAUUUGAUGAAUUUGAUGCCCUGCUCGGCGAACAAAUUGCCAUGUCAAAGCUGGCGCCACGCACACCGGCUGUAAACCGGCGCAACAUGUCCACAGUCAGUAGUACACUGGUGACACCCUCAUUUUCACGCAAUGCCGUUGUAUCCACGCCGUAUUCUGUGCGCGACGCUGACACAAGUGACUAUCUGCAACCUCUGCCGCCGUCGCAGCCAGCGACACCGGCAGCAAAUAAGUUGUCCACGGAGCAAAUGGCCAGGAUUGCUGAGAAUCGACGUCUGGCACAGGAGCGACUUCGGGCAAAGCAAAUGGAGACGAGUGCAGUGCAAGAAACCAUACCAUAAAAUAUAUGUAUUUGGCAUUUUCAGGAAAAUGUCAAUAAAGAACUUAAGAGCUAAUAAUCCUGAAAAAGUCCAUAUUUGUAGAGUCAUAAUUAUAAACUUUGUAUUUAUUGUUUCUUAUUCUUAUAGGUUAAGAAAUAAAUUAAGAUUCGUAUAGAAAGAGUUACACUCAAUGAUAUACAUAGAUACACAUAUUGUAAGAUAAAUGAACACGGGGGUCGUGUGAGUCGUUCUGAGAAAGAAAUACUUGAUAUUUUUUUUUAUAAACUAAUAGAAAUUAAAUGGUGAGUGCUGAGUGCAAAUCCAUCAAGG